AUGGUGUCUAUUCAACAGUCUGGCUUGUCAGAGAUCUACAGUCGGCAGGGUGAACUUAGUAUUGAGAAUGACUUCCGAGCUUUAAAAGUGCUCAGCGCCGAAUGUUAUGAUGGCACGCAAGCCCCCAUCUUCGAGCGAGAGAUCUUGACUCAUCUUCGGGACGGGGACCAAUAUCAGAUUGGUUACGACCACGUCUGUCAUCUGCUGGAUGAUUUUGAGCACAGCGGACCUAACGGGACACACGUCUGCCUAGUGUUUGAGCUGGUGGGUGAGACGCUACGGAGCUUUGGCGCUUGGUUCGUCGAAAGCAGACUUCUGAACUCGGUAACGCGCAGGUUCACCAUUCAAAUCUUACUGACGCUUGAUUUUGCUCACGAGCAUAAUGUUAUUCAUACGGAGAGAGGGAAUAAGGAUAUUUUUCACGCCAUCUUUGAUGAUGAGGGUCGGAUCAAGGACUCGCUGCCGAUGAACCGGCCGGAGCUGGCAUCGGAAGCAUUUCUACCAGGUCUUGACCAAAGUGUUAGGGAUGAGUUCGCCUCUUUUUUGCAUGCGAUGAUGAAAAUUAAUCCCGAUGAUCGGAUUUCAGCUGAGGAUAUCUUGCGACACCCCUGGUUAGAUGCACUUUAG